GCUUAGGGUAGCUUAGUUAGCACUGUUAGCUAAUUGAUGCUACAUAAGUAUCGCUUUCACGGUACGGUUGUCGGACCAAAUGAGGCGCGGCGAGUCACCGAGGAAGGAGUUCAGACCUCUAAGUCACGCAGAUCACAAGAAGCUAACAAAAUCAGAGGAGUUGUACUACUUGGAUGUUGACCAGUCCAAGAGCUCUUCUCUUAAAGGCGGGGAUAUUCAGCCUCUGACCCUUCACCCACCGGACCUCGAUAAAAUUCAUACACCAAAACCACCCAAGGGACGUCAAAAACCAGUGCCCGUGGCUUGUGUGCGUAAGACAAAGCCUGCUGAGGAAGUUACAGAUGCUGUGCGAUGGCCGUUGACUCAACCAGUGGAUCUAGAUCCUGACUCUGAACCUCUGGACUACACAGAAAUGGAAGGGCUGCGGUUUGAUGACCAAGGGAUGGUUCUUCCACACAGCAUCCUGGGUAGUUUAGAGGAUUUCAGAGAUUAUCUGGAGGCCAAAGGGGAGACAGAGGUACAUGAAAAAAACUAUCUUGGCGGUGAAGAUUGCAGAUUGCAACCAGCUGAGACUUCUCCCAUGUGCCAAUUGGUGAAGCGAAUAACAAAGUCCCAGAGAUAUAAUCCAUCUGAGGCCCCACGGAGGCAUCACACCGAGGCUGUGCAGAAUGAGCGUGGGAUCUCCUCAGGCCACAGAAACAUCCAAAGUAAUGCUCUGCAGCAUUGGCAUACACAGAUGACGCAGCGCAGGCGGCAGCAGGACUUCUUAUCUGACCAUCUCGACAGGCCAGUCGAAAACUUACUGAUGAACCAAGCUAACCACUUCAGAGAAACUCAGGAGCAGAGGGAGUUUCUAAGCCAAGUCAUGCCACUCAUCCACCCUGGAUAUGGUUACCGUGUGGGCAGUGAGUUUUGGAGUCUCCCACAGCGUUAUGGAGAUGAAAUGAGUGGCAUCACAGCCACUCUGACUCAGACACAGCAGGGCAGAUGGGAGCCUGUCACACAUAUAGGACAACCGAGCAGCAUACGCCAGGAAUCAGGAAUAUUUGUUGCUGAGACUCUGCGUCCAGCCUCUCGGACUUGGGAACAGUCCUUAUACCUUCAGCACCAGCGCCAGGAGCUCGGAGAAGUUCUACAGGACAUGGACAUCAAAAAGCCGGACAUCAAUGGACUGGAGGUUAUUGGCUCUGGAAAGCCUUUCACUUCUGUCACAGUGUGUCCCAGUCCCUUACUGGACAAGGAGGAAGAGGAGGCAGAGCACAAGAUGAUGAAGAAGGAGAACCUUGAUCCACAGACACAGUAUGAUGAUGUUCGGUUGGAUGCUCUGCACAUUCCUGCCUUAAGGUUCUGUGGUCAGCUUUCUAGCUGGACUGGAAACUCUACAACUAACCAGGGAGAAGUAGGAAUCAGUGCCACAAUAUUCUUUGAGGCCCUGACUGGAGACAGAGCAUCAUCCCACCUGGAGCUGCACAAUGAGGGCAGCACAGCCAUCUUCUACAGCUGGCAGCAGCUUCCAGUGCCACACAGCUUUCCUAAAUUACGAUCACAAACAAAGAACCUGCACUUCUACUUCAACUCCUCCUCUGGUGUCAUCCAUCCAGGUGACACCCAGCGGGUGGAGUUUAUAUUUAAGUCUGAGGAGACAGGCAUAAAGACUGAACUAUGGCAGCUCAACACCCACCCUUUGCUGCUGCAAGGAGCCUCCAUGCAGGUCACAUUGAGGGGAGUGGCUCUGUACCAGGACAAAAGUGCAGACCAGAAGCUUUUCAUAGAGACAAAGCUGGAAAAGACAGUGAAGGUAAAAAUGUGUCGGUCCAUUGUGUAUGAGAUGCUGCAGGGAGUCCGCACCCCAGAGAGACCCAGUUCUCCUGCAGAGCUUUAUGUCACUGAGGAGCAGGAGUUUUUAAGCAAAAACCCCAAGUUGCAGUACCUUCAUCAGCCAGUGGAGGACCUAAAGAGACUGUGGCAAGAGGUUCAUCCGGGACAUACCUGGGACCUCUCUGUCGAUACACUCCAACAGGUUGUGCUGUCUCUGCCCAAGCAAGAGUCAGCUCAGGAAAACAGCCUGACCCAACUCAACUCUCUGCUUCUGCAGCUUUCUGAACCCUCUCAACUGAAACACCGCCAGCUAACAGCAACAGCUAUAGGGCAGCAGCUGUGGAGGAAACUGCUGGGCACGAUGGCUGGUGAGGCCAUGUGGCUCAGAAACCUGCUGGGCCUUCCAGAGAAAGACACAUGGAUCAAUAAAAAGGAGGAAUUCCUGGUCUCUGAUCCCGAUAUGGCUGACAGCAUAGAUGAGAGGAGUGAGACAAAGCAAGGAGCAGCUGUUAAAGAGCAGAGCAGUGGAUCAAGGUCCAGAUUUAAAGAUGACAACAAAGGGGAGUCCAAGUCAGCAACAACUGAAAAAUCAGUGGAGGAAAGCAAAAAGAAAGGGAAAAGAAGGGAGGAAGUGGGGAAACGCACUAGGGAAAAGCAAGGGAAGGACUCGGCCUCUCUGACUGAUAUCCCUUCAGACAGCGUCAGUCAACAACCUCCUGAUGGCCAAGGUGUAGGGCCGGAGGUGAUGGACAUUUAUACAAGACUCCUGCACGUAAAGGUUUAUGCUCUGAUGGAAGACCUGGUGGAUAACCUGUGUGACCUGAUGGAUGACCUUAAUGAGGGAGACACAGAAGCACUACACACACAAUAUUAACACGUGAGAGCAGGCUCAGGAGCCCACUGAAUAUAUAUACACAUUAAUGUUUUAUUCCUAAUUCUGUCGUUUUUAUACCUUUUAUUUUGUUGUGACAUCAAUAAAGUUGUUGUUCCUCCGUGGACUUAC